CUUUUCUUCUUUUCUUCCUUUCACUUCUUUUUUAUUACAUAUUACAUAUUCAUCAUCAUUUUCGUUUUUAUAUAAAGACUUGAUAAAAUGGAUCUAAACAUUAGACAACGCGAAAACGACAUUCAACCAAAAUUCAACAAUUCACAUUCAUCAUCAACAACGACAACAACAAAGCUAGCAAAUAACACUUCUUCAUUUACUAAAAAUAUCCUUCAACGACAACCACAACAGCAAGAGCGUCCGAUUCUUUCUGAUAAGAGUAACAACAGAAAAGGAAAUGGUAUUCAAUUAAAGUCUUCACAAAUCCCUGGUGGAAACAAAAUAAGAGACCAAGAUGAUAAACCAAUAAAAAAGGAAGAUACCCAACAAGUUCCAAAGGCAGAUAAGCGUCAAGAAGAAUUUGAUGAGCUUGUCAAGGAUUUCUUUGAAGAUAACGAAACAAGAUACACAACUGAUGAACCAACAAUUGAGGUUGUUCCUAUUAUUCCUAUUGAAGUCCCUGCACAUCUCAAACAUUUAUUUAAAAAGAAGCCACUUAGUAAAGCUAUUGGUUUAAAGCGUGCUUUUGAAGCAGAUGAAGAUGAAGUACAAGAACAUCAUAAAAAGAUGAAACUAUACAAACAAAAAUACCUUGUGCCUGGCGCCCCUCCUAUCGAACUAGAUACCAAUGAUGAAGCUAUUGCCUUUGAUAAAAUGCAAGAAACACGCGCUCAAAACCUUAUGCUUCAAUCAAAGAACCUGUUGCAAGAAGUAAGCUGUAAUGAUCCCAUGAUGGUAGCUGAAUAUAAUGAAGAAAUAUUCCAUAACCUUCUCAAAUCUGAGCAUCAAAGAAUGGCUGAUGCUAACUAUAUGGACAAACAGGUCGAAAUCAACUGGUCCACACGUGGUGUCCUUAUCGACUGGGUGAUUGAGGUUCAUUAUCUCUUUCAGCUAUUGCCUGAGACCCUAUUUUUAGCUGUUAAUAUCAUUGAUCGUUUCUUAUCCAGACGUACGGUUGCACUAGGCAAAAUGCAGCUUGUAGGUACAGCUGCUCUUUUUAUCGCAACUAAGUUCGAAGAGAUGUACUGCCCUGCCCUUGAAGACUUUUUAUACAUGACGGGUGACACGAUUGAAGAAGAUGAAUUAGUCAGGGCCGAGUGCUUUAUUUUAAGCAUAUUGGACUUUGAACUAUGCUAUGCAAACCCCAUGAAUUUCUUGCGACGUCUCUUGAAUGAGGAUCCAACCGCUGAUGUCUACACACGUACCUUGUCAAAGUACUUUAUGGAAGUCUGUUAUAUUGAUCAUCGUCUGAUGACCGUCAGACCUUCUUUGAUGGCCGCUGCGUCUGUUUGCCUGGCAAGAAAGAUGCUUGGUAGAACCAAAUGGACCUCUGAUCUGAUCAAACUUUCAGGAUAUACCCUUCAUGACGUAAAGCCUAUUGUCGAAAUCCUUCUUGACUAUUUGUCACAACCUGUUGUUCAUGAUGCCUUUUUCACAAAAUGGACUUCAAGAAAAUAUUCCAAGGCAAGUAUCUUUGUUCGUGAUUGGAUCAAUCGUUAUUAUGUUAGUGAGAAUGGGCCUAUUUAAAGGUACUGUAUAAAUACCCCCUUUUAUGAACCAAAUAAAAAUAAAAAUAAAAUAAAAAAAAUAGCUUGCAUAACAUUAUUAAUUUAUU